UUUACUCCGUAUACUUUCAUAAUCUUUUCCCAUAUCCUUAAAGACCUUAUUUUCGUAACACUCGUGUCCGAAAUGCUCUCGAAAUAGACAGACUGUUCAUGACAAUUCGUCAUUACUAUAUUCAUGGGCAAUUCUAUUUAUAAAUUUCUAUUUAUUAUGCGAUGCUGAUGCGUAUUGUAAACGUCGCGAUAACCAAGGUAUAUAGAAUUACGAAAAUAAGUUAUUAGCUGCUCGUUAUUUCACAUUUUGCGCACGUGUCUUUGACAAGUAGUUUUCAAUGUACCUAUAGUAUAGGCGCCUAAAUGAGAUCUCGCGUAAGAAGCAACUUAAAACGUCGGCAGACGCGGUUCACGAUCCGACGACGGCUGUAUUAAUAAUUUAAUAUGUACAACGCAGCGAAGCGAAAAAUCGAUGCGCGAACUUUACUUUUAAUAACAGUGCCGCAGUAUCGCGAUAAUACAAAAAUGGCAUCAGUGGACUCAUGAUAUAAUUAUGUACGCGCGGGGCGGGCUGCGACUGAUCCAGUUUACGCAAUUAGAGCUUAUCGUGCUUUAAAUUUACGUAAAGUAUUUUAUAUAAUUCUUUCACAUCGGUCCGCGACACGCAACGGAUGCCCAUCGCUAACGAACUCAAAGCACUGGUGAAAGAUGGGAAGGAUUAUUGCGUAGUGGCUUAAUAAUGCGGGAAUAUUUCGCAUUGUUAAUCCUUUUGUCAAAUGGAUACCUAUAUUUCGUUCACCAAGAUGCACUGUACACUUCACCAAGAUCGUUCACCAAGAAAGUUCACCACUUCUUAUUAUUCCGCAAAUGAUAUAAAACGAGCGCGAAUUAGGGGUCUGUUUUGUCGGCGAUAAUUGACCAUUACAUAGAAUGGCUAUUUUGAGCACGUCGCAUAAGCCAAAGAAUUCGUUGUCAGUGUGUACAGGAUCGUAUUAUAUGGGCAUUCGAUCAGUUGCAGCUACAUCAGCGGUUAGCAAGGACAAUAAGCAUGUAAUAUCGUCUGCGUAUAUAAUGUCAGUGAUAGGACUAACGUAAGCUGGUGCAGAAAACAAUGAGAAAGGCAAAAUGUGUUAUAUGAAAAGCAAAAAGGUUCCUACUAAUUGUGACACACGCACACGCACACACACACACACACACAUGCACACACAAAUCACACAAUCCUCUUUCAAUGAAUUGUAAACGACUUCACUGUGGACUAGUCUCCUGGAACGUAGGCUGUAACAAGUAUUUUUGUUGGUGAACCCAAGAAGUAGCCGUUGUAGAAUUGGUGGAUGCGACGGAUCCAAGAGUCCACAACGACAACAACAGCAAUCUGCUGCCCAGUUCUGAAGCGGGACUUGCUUCAAAAACUUGUCCAAUCGACGAAUUCAGCUCGCAAUCCACCGAGGAAUAUUACGCGGCCAUAUCCAUGCAUGACGGCCUUGUGCUGCAUGCCACGCCUUCAUUACACGCAUCUCUAGGCUACCCCAAAGACUCGUGGACCGGACAAUUAUUCAUCGACUUUCUUGAUCCUAAGGAUAAACACGUAUUCAUUGAAAGAAUAGCGAGCGAAAUCACGCUCUCUCGGGAAAUUUGUCAAUCAGGUGCGAAUGGUCGAAAGGCGAGCAUCUUCUGCCGUUUGCGCAGGUUCAACGCUACCUCAUGUGCAUCGGGCAACAAUGACAGCGGCAAAGGAGAUACCAUCAACCAUAGCCAAGAACAGAGCAACAGGUGUGAGCAGUACGCGCCUUAUCGAAUAAGAGUGGUCGUGCAGAAUUUCAACCGAAACAAUGAUGGCUUGCCCCAGAGUCAAGUGAUGAUUCUCGUCGCCUUCUUCCAACCCAUACGGUCGGCUUACAAAGUACCAGAAGAAACUAUAAUACCUACGGUGUUUACGACACGCCAUAACGCAGCCUGCCGACUGUCCUACGUCGAUCCCGAUGUUGUACAGUACUUGGGCUAUCUGCCGCAGGAUAUGAUUGAUCGUUCGCUAUUUGACUUCUACCACCCAGAAGAUUUACCGCUUAUCAAAGACAUCUACAAGACUGUGAUCAAUCUGGACAGCUCAUCCUACAGAUCCAAGCCGUACAGGUACAUUGUGCAGAACGGCUGCUACGUCGUCCUCGAGACCGAUUGGUCCUCCUUCGUCAAUCCCUGGUCGAAAAAUCUCGAGUUUAUCGUAGGCUACCAUCGAGUUCUCAAGGGACCAGCUGAUCCCGAUGUCUUUCGCUCCUGCCCGAGCGAUCGCGAGAACGGCAUCCUCGCCAACAUCAGGAAGGAGGUGCUCCAGGAAGCCAAGAUCAUUGAGAAGGAGAUUCUAGCUCUCCUCAGCCAGGAUCCUCAGAGGAAGCGCUCGUACCAAGUCACCGACAGCGAGCUGCUGUCCAAGAAAAAAGAACUCCACACCUUCGUGAAGAAUAUUCUUCAGGAGAUCAAGAGCCCGGCCCCCGUCAAGGACCAUGUGGUUGUGGACGACAGGAGCUUUUCGGGAUCACGUAAUCCCGUGUUACAGGAGCACGGCAGCGUCAUGCUGGGCGAGGUAUCGCCGCACCACGAGUACUUCGACAGCAAAUCGUCGACGGAAACGCCGCCGAGUUACAACCAGCUCAACUACAAUGACAACAUUCAGCGUUUCUUCAACAGCAAUAUAGGCGCCAGCGUCGAUAACAGGCCCUACGUCAGUGACCCGGAGAACCUACAGUCCAGCGCUAACAGCAGUGACGAGCAUGGCAAAAAAAAUUCAUCUGGUCCAGAGCUUCAGUUCACCUCGUCGAGCGGCAGUGGCAACAGUGGUAGCGCCGAGAAUUUGAGCAGUGAGCUGAAUAACCAGUGUAGCUCGGGUAGCCGCGGAGAUACGUCUAACACAACGAGCAACUCCACGGGUGAAGCUUGCGGCAACAGCAGCAUCAACGCCAACAGCAACAAUAACGUUGCCGGCGGCGAAGCCAGAUUCAAGACGCCGAUUCUCACAGAGACGUUGCUGAAUCUCCACAACGGAAUCAUGGAAAAGCUACUGGUGCAGAAGCACCUGGAGCAGAAGAAAGGGGCUAAGCGGAUCAAAAUCGAGCAGAAGGCUAACAAAGAAAGCAAGGAGCAUCAGCAGCAACCGACUGCUGUCGUUAGAUGUGAGAGAGGAGAAAAUAAACAGACGAGGUUGAAGCGCAGUGGCAGCCCGAUCUGGGAGGAUGGCGAUAAUUUUAAGAUUUCGAAACACGAUGGCCCUGCAAAAACGCAGCAGAACACUGGUACCAACCAGACACCAACCAGUGCCAACUUUCCAGCCCCAACCAGCAUGGAAACUUCGACGAACACGAACAAUGCCAACUUACAGUGGCCUCCGCUCUCCGUACCCAUGCCUUCAGCUACGACUCUUUUACAUCAGUAUUUUGCUAAUCCAAACGCUCGUUUUCAAGAAAGAUUGCCAAUGUUCCCGCAAAUGUUACCAGUCUACUGCUUACCGGUGUUGCGGCCACAGGAAAAUCCAUCUCUGGCAACUGCUCCACAAGAGCACCCAGGACCCCCGAACGCCCUAAGCCCGUACUGUUACGUACCGAUAACUGAUAUGGCGACGACGAUGUCGAACAUAAUCUACCCGCCGAUAAUCAGAGCGCCUGCCCUGACCACUAUGAUGUACCAACCGUUCAUCGUGCCAGAAACUUCUGUGAAAGUCAACGCUCAUCAACCUGUGGGUCCACCUGAACCGCCGACGCCGCAGACUGCAACGACUGACACCCAUAAUAAUUUUAAUCCGAAAUGCCCAGCCCGUCGUCCGACUAGUGUUAAGGCUGAACCUGGAAGUAUCAUGGCUUUGUCUGAGUCCUCGAAGAAGACGUUGUUGACAACUGGAAUCGUAUCAUCAUGCAUGAGUAACGAAGGUGACUGCUCUUGCAGUUGCAUCAACAAGAGUUGCGACAGUUGUUGUAACACAGAUCGACGCUACACUGCCUCAUCUUCCGAGUCACAAGUGUCGUUAAAUGAAAGUAUUAACCAACCAAAACAGACGUGUCACAAAAGCAAAGAAAGCAGAGUCAGUCAGAUGCGCAAAGUUUUUGAUAUGGUGCGCAAGGAACCACCCUGGAACGUGGGCGCCAAACUCACUCCAGAACUAAUCUACAAGUAUCAGAAAAAAUCCGAAUCCCUAGACGAGAUUCUCAAAGCCGAUCUCGACUUCCUCAGGCGUUCGAAGCAGCCCAACCUCGUCAACGAACAAUUGGGCCAGCUCUUUCACGAUCUCGAAAUCCAGGGCCUCGGCUCGAAGCUUUUGCUUGACGAUGCCGGUACGAAUAGUGCCAGUGACAACAGUAGCGACGACUCUGAAAGAGCGCUGCACUCGAUUCUGACUUCCGAAAUAAUCGUGGAGCACUCUUAAUCGACUUCAGGAGUAUUCUCCAAAAGUAACCAACCCGCGGGCCUUACAAACAUCUCUCUUCUCUGUGCUUUCAGUCCAAGAAGAAUGGGUGCAUGGUGAUCCGUGGACAAUUACCGACCAUAUUACCGAUUAUGUGACAAAAUAAUCUGAUCUACUACGCAAGCUGGUUUCCGUGAUCAAGUUCACUUAACAGAUACCGUUUCGUACUUCAGACUGGCUGAUCAAAUAUACUCAUCUCCUCGAACAGUUUAUAUGCUCUAACGUUUUUUCACUCGAAUUUCGAUUGACAAUCAUUGGCCGGGUUCCAAACGAACGAAUAAACGAGAAGAUUUUUAUCUUUGAA